AUGUUCGACUGCCUGCGCAAGAUCGUCAAGAACGAGGGCUUCUCCCGCCUGUACCGCGGUAUCUCCGCCCCCAUCCUGAUGGAAGCGCCCAAGCGCGCGACCAAGUUCGCCGCCAACGACAGCUGGGGCGCCUUCUACCGCAACCUGUUCGGCGCCGAGAAGCAAACACAGUCACUGGCGAUCCUGACCGGAGCGACGGCGGGAGCGACCGAGUCGUUCGUCGUCGUGCCCUUCGAGCUGGUCAAGAUCCGUCUGCAGGACCGCGCCUCGGCCGGUAAAUACAACGGCAUGCUGGACGUCGUGAAGAAGAUCGUCGCCGCGGAGGGACCCCUCGCUAUGUACAACGGUCUGGAAUCCACCCUGUGGCGCCACAUUCUCUGGAACUCGGGUUACUUCGGCUGUAUCUUCCAGGUGCGCGCGCAGCUCCCUGCCGUCGAGCCGGGCAACAAGAGCCAGCAGACACGCAAUGAUUUGAUCGCGGGUACGAUCGGUGGUACGGCCGGUACGAUUCUCAACACGCCCAUGGACGUCGUCAAGUCCCGUAUUCAAAACACCUCCAAGGUUCCCGGCCAAGUGCCCAAGUACAACUGGGCUUGGCCUGCCGUCGGAACUGUCAUGAAGGAGGAAGGAUUCGCUGCUUUGUAUAAGGGAUUCUUGCCCAAGGUGCUGAGAUUGGGCCCUGGUGGUGGUAUCCUUCUUGUUGUGUUUACGGGAGUCAUGGACUUCUUUAGGAACAUGAGGGGCGAGUAA